CAACUGGAAACAACUGACAGAUUUCCAAUUCUUUUGUGUUAAUGCAUCUUAGGAAAGUCUGCAUUAAAAUUAUUGCAUGGAGCUCCAUACUGUUCAUUUUACCCGAGGUGUGGCGUUGAGUCACCUUGCAGGACUUAAAGCUAUUUGCGACCUGAAAAUGAAGCUCUGGCUAUUUGUCAUCGUUUGUUAUGUUCCAGCGUCAUUCUCAGCCUUGCCUUGCGGUUACACUACUUGGAGUUGCUGGUCUUACUGUGACGCUUCAUGUGGAGAUAAAAUUCAAUCUCGUGAAAGAAGCUGUACGAAUCCCCCUCCUUCAUUACCCGGAUAUGACUGUAGCGGGCUGGGCCCCUCGAUAGAAGUACGUCAAUGCUACGGACCAACAGAUCAAAUAGAUGUCGAUGGGGGAUACAACAGCUGGGGACUGUGGUCUGAGUGCACCAAGGAUUGCGGAGGAGGAAUACAGUACCGCACAAGGUGGUGUGUAGAUCCUCACCCUCAAGGAAAGGGGAAGGAAUGUUCAGAACAGAAAGAACUUGGACCAGCUAUAAAAAGUCGAUCAUGCAAUGAACAUGACUGCAGUGAAGAACCGACUGAGGCACCGACAACGCAAGAGUCGUCCGAGGCACCAACCACAGAAGAAGAAUCAACCGAGGCACCAACGACAGAAGAAUCGUCCGGAGCACUAACAACGGAAGAAUCGACCGAGGCCUCAACGACAGAAGAAUCGUCGGGGGAACCAGCAACGGAAGAAUCGACAGAGGCAUCAACGACAGAAGAAUCGUCCGGGGCAUCAACAACGGAAAAAUCGACGACGGAAGAAUCGACAGAGGCACCGAUUACAGAAGAAUCGUCCGGGGUAUCAACAACAGAAGAAUCGACCGAGGUAUCCACAACGCAAGAAUCGUCCGAGGCACCAACCACAGAAGAAGAAUCAACCGAGGCACCAACGACAGAAGAAUCGUCCGGAGCACUAACAACGGAAGAAUCGACCGAGGCCUCAACGACAGAAGAAUCGUCGGGGGAACCAGCAACGGAAGAAUCGACAGAGGCAUCAACGACAGAAGAAUCGUCCGGGGCAUCAACAACGGAAAAAUCGACGACGGAAGAAUCGACAGAGGCACCGACUACAGAAGAAUCGUCCGGGGCAUCAACAACAGAAGAAUCGACCGAGGCACCAACAACAGAAGAAUCGAUCGAGGCACCGACUAUAGAGGCACCAACAACAGAAGGAUCGACCGAGGUACCAGGGACGGAAGAAUCGACCGAGGUAUCGACGACAGAAGAAUCGUCCGGGGCACUGACGACAGAAGAAUCGUCCGGAGCACCAAUGACGGAAGAAUCGACCGAGGCACCAGUAACAGAAGAAUCGACCGAGGCACCAGCAACGGAAGAAUCGACCGAGGCACCGACAACGGAAAAAUUGACCGAGGUGCCGGCAACGGAAGAAUCAACCGAGGCACCAAUGACGGAAGAAUCGACCGAGGUACCAACGACGGAAGAAUCGACCGAGGCACUGACAACGGAAGAAUCGACAGAGGCACCAACAACGGAAGAAUCGACCGAGGCACUGACAACGGAAAAAUUGACCGAGGCAUCGACAACGGAAGAAUUGACUGAGGCACCGACGACGGCAGGACCAACGACAGGACCACCUUGUAUAAAAGCCCUUGACCUUGGCAUAAUAAUUGACAAAUCUAAGAGCGUGAGGAAACGUAAUUUGAGAAAGCUAAAACAGUCCUUGGAAUCAUUUGUCAACUUAUUUGAUGUUUCGGCGGAAGGAACUCACGUCGGAAUGAUUUCAUUCAAUGACGACGCUGAAUUGCUGUUCAAUUUUAAAGACGAUCGUUACCAUACAGAGAAUCAGUUAAGGGAAAGAAUAAAAGAAAUACCUUUGAAACUGGAACUUAAGACGAGGACCGACUUGGCGCUGACAUUGGCAAAGGAGAAGUUGUUCUCUGUGGAAGGUGGUGAUCGACCUGAUGUGCCAAACGUGUGUAUAGUGUUCACUGAUGGAAAGUCAACGGGCAAGCCUAAGCACAAAGGAUUCGUCCCAAUUCCGGAAACUGUGGAAAUUCUUACUGAAGUUAAAAAGGUUCAUAUGAUUGCCGUCGGAGUCGGGAGAGGCAUAAAGGACUCAGAAUUGAAAAAACUGGCUGGAGAUAAAGGACACUACGUGCACCCUGUAGACUUCAACCAUCUGUCUUACAUUUUGGGAAAAUUGAAAGACGCCGCUUGUGCUGAUGCCGAAACAGAUUACAGCAAUGGAGGCUCUUAUCCCUACUAUUAUGGUAGAAGAUUCAAAAACAUUCCUGGAGGACUUCUGGAUGAUCGCCGUAUGCGCUGAGACGUCGCUCUACACACUGAGCCCACUUUUGGCAGAUGCACCAACUUUUGGUUCACAAUAUAUCGCACCUUUUCAAAAUAAAAUAAAAUAAAGUACAUUAAUGAUAGUGGGUAUGAUAUGUAAUAGUAAAGCAGUGGCAGCUAGCAAGUCAAAUUACUGCCAGAGGGAACUUAAAUCUUGAAAACUGUUUUUGACAUGUAAAAUGUAUGAUGUAAGUGAUUAUUGCAAACGCUCGAUUACUUUGGUGCAGAUGCAUUGGACGAGCAUAGCAAUAAAAAUCAUUCAGUAACUCGAGCUAAGAACAGCUAAUCAGUAACUGUCGUCAAAAGAAAAUUUACACCAGAGUCUUAGGGAUGUCCAAAGUAGAUGUUAUGUGCGGCUUCACUUUUUAAUUGCGACUAGGUUCUUUAUGACUGUUUGUCAAUCUUCCUAGCCAUUCGAGCGUUUCAAGAAAAGUUACUGUAACUCAGUUGAAGGUAGAAAUUACAAGCUGGCUUUUUGAGGUA